AUGGUCAAGUCAAUCCUCCUCAUCAACGGCCCCAACCUCAACCUCCUGGGUACCCGCGAACCCCACAUCUACGGCUCAACCACCCUCCCCGACGUCGAAGCCAGCGCAAAGGCCCAAGCCACCAGUCUCGGCUGCACCCUCGAGACCUUCCAGAGCAACCACGAAGGCGCAAUCGUUGACCGUAUCCAGGAGGCUCGUGGUAAGGUUGACGGCAUCAUUAUCAACCCUGGCGCGUACACGCACACUUCCGUCGCGAUCCGGGAUGCGUUGCUUGGUGUUGCUAUUCCCUUUAUCGAGCUCCAUGUGAGCAACGUGCACGCUCGCGAGCCGUUCAGACACCACUCUUACUUCAGCGAUAAGGCUGCUGCUAUCAUUGUUGGACUGGGUGUCUAUGGAUAUAAGGUUGCUGUUGAGCAUAUUGCGGUUAACUUCAAGGAGUUGGAGAAGGCUAGCCUGUAA